CACAGAGCCCGGACCCGGCGAACCUCUGCUAGUAGCGGUGUGCGUUUGGCAACAAAAGACGGAUUUUUUAGCGGUUGACGCCGUUUUACUGAGGACGUAUUUUCCGUGACUUUAUCACAGGCAGCAGUUUUCAGGGAUGGCUCCACUGCUGCUAGUGUCCGUUGGAGGAAGAGGAAGAGGAAGGAGCUGAUGAGGAAGAUGAUGACAUGUAGUUAGCUGGCUGUCUGCCUGGCUGACGGACAGACGGUCGGACUCGAGCCCCGCUAUCGGAGCAGGAUCCGGGACGAGGAGAGGCGAAGAUGCCGCGGAGAAAGCAAUCCAACCCCCAGCCUGUCAAAUUGGGUUCAGAGGACGGGGAGCUGGGCUGUGAGCCGGGCUGUCUGGUCCUGGAGAGUGACUUCCUGCUGAGUGGCGAGCUGGAGUUUGGAGACUCUGAGAUCAUGGGACUGGAGAGAGACGCAGGAAUGACGGUGUUCUCUCUGGGCGUCGAGGACGACACCUCAGCACCAGCAGACUCCACGUUCCCACCAUUCCUCUCAUGUAAAGGAUGUGGUCAGCUCCUGGGAGACACUCCUCUGGGUGCCAGUCUAGAUCUCGGCGUGGGCCUCGAUCUAGGGGCAGAGCUUUAUUGCCUGACCUGUGAGGAGGGCCUCCAGCUUGAAGCCCACAUGGACUCCCCCAAGGGCGCUGACAGAUCCAUCAGCUCCGACGGGAAGAGGAGGAACGAAGGGAAGACUGAUGAAGCCGAUGACAUCCCUCCUAAGCUUUACUCCUGCUCUCUGUGCUCCUUCACCUCGCGCUACUCCAACCACCUGAAGCGUCACAUGAGGAUCCACGACGGCCAGAAGCCGUACCGCUGCCCCGUCUGCCCCUACGCCUCGGCCCAGCUGGUCAACCUGCAGCGGCACGCUCGCACCCACACGGGGGAGAAACCGUACGGCUGUCACCAGUGCAGCUAUGCCUGCAGCUCCCUGGGAAACCUGCGCAGACACCAACGCAUGCACUCGCAAGAGAGACCGCAGAGAAGGGAGAAGGAGAAGAGACGGACCAGGCGGAAAAAGACGCACGCUGGAACGGAAGAAGUGGUGUCAGACCUGACCCUGCGGGUGUCCCAGGACUCAGGAUUCCUCCAAACGCUGGGCGGCCUCGGCUCUCCCUCCGCCCCGCUCCCCGUCCUCCUCUUCCCGCUGUGCUGCAGGUUGUGCGGUCUCACCCUGGAGGAGGCUGACCUGGAGGGGGACAAGGCUGAGGGGGAGGGGGAGGGUGAAGGGGGACAGGUGUGCCGUCGCUGCUCGUUGGACCUGCUGUCCAAGGAUGGCUCUGAGCCCCCCUGCAGCCCGGCGAUGCCCCAGGACUCCCAGAGGGGCCAACGAGGCUCAAAGCUGUACAGCUGCUCUCUCUGCCCCUUCCUGUCCCACUACCCCAACCACCUGGCCCGCCACGCCCACAUCCACUCCGAGGAGAAACCUCACCGCUGUCCACACUGCCCCUACACGUCCUCGCACCUCGACAACCUCAAACGCCACCUGCGCGUGCACACAGGCGAGAAGCCCUACCAGUGCCCGUCCUGCAGCUACGCCUGCGGGAACCUCGCCAACCUGCGGCGACACGAGCGCAUCCACUCGGGCGCCAAGCCGUUCCACUGCAGCGUCUGCGGGUACUCCUGCAACCAGAGCAUGAACCUGAAGAGGCACAUGCUGAGACACACGGGGGAGAAACCGUACGCCUGCGCCGAGUGCGACUACACAACAGGUCACUGGGACAACUACAAGCGGCAUCAGAGGAAACACGGACACAACACGGACAGCUGGGACAAACACGCCCCCAUCAACGGGCUGAGCUGGGCCACGGACCGUCAGGAGAGCAGGGAGCAGGAGCAGGGCUAGAUACUGAAUGUUUCUGUGUAUACACUGGUGAACCUUCAGCUCAGGUUGGAGACAAACUCAGGUGCCUUUGACGGACUGAACGACUGUGACUGCACUGACUGCAGCCAGGAGAAAUGUUUAUUUUUCCCCUUCAGAUGAUCUAUUUUUAGUAAACGUGGGGGGAUUUAUUUCACACAUAGAUGCCGCUACUACCUACA